GUUGAGAUUCCACCAAACACGGACGAUGACGGCGCGGAACGGGGAAAGGGAGAAAGGCUCCGGUAAGGAGCCGAACGACAAGCUGAACCACAGUCAGCUGGUUCGCAACCGAUUCGAGAAAUCAUGCAUAAUCCCGGAUGAUGAAAUCUCACGAAAACUACCAAAGGAAAUUUUACUUCGCAUUUUAUCAUACCUUGACGUUACUUCACUAUGCCGCUGUGGACAGGUUUCCCGGUAUUGGAACAUGCUUGCACUGGACGGUUCUAAUUGGCAGAAGAUCGAUCUUUUCGAUUUUCAACGUGAUAUUGAGGGUCCUGUGAUCGAAAACAUUUCCCAGCGGUGUGGCGGCUUUCUCAAGUAUCUACGGCUGCGCGGAUGCCAAUCGGUCGGCAGCCACUCGAUUCGUACCCUCGCCAACUACUGCCAUAACAUCGAACAUCUCGAUCUGUCCGAGUGCAAAAAGAUCAGCGACGUUGCCAUACAGCAGCUCAGCAAGAACUGCGCCAAGCUGACCGCCAUCAAUCUGGAAUCGUGCUCACAGAUAUCCGACAGCAGCCUUAAGGCACUCUCCGACGGGUGUCCGAAUUUGACCGAAAUCAAUGUGUCCUGGUGCAAUCUAAUCACGGAGAAUGGAGUGGAAGCGCUUGCGAGAGGAUGCAAUAAGAUUAAAAAGUUUAGCAGUAAAGGAUGCAAACAGGUGAACGAUAGGGCCGUUAUCUCGCUCGCUAUCUACUGUCCAGGGAUAGAAGUUUUAAAUCUACAUAGUUGUGAUAGCAUAACGGAUGCCUCGAUAUCGAAGAUUGCGGAAAAGUGCUGCAACCUGAAGCAACUGUGCGUGUCGAAGUGUACCGAGCUUACCGAUCAGUCGCUCACUGCCCUAGCGAUGAAUAAUCAGUAUCUCAACACGCUCGAGGUGGCCGGUUGCGCACAAUUCACCGACAGUGGCUUCAUCGCUCUGGCAAAGAACUGCAAAUAUCUGGAGCGUAUGGAUCUGGAAGAAUGUAGUCUGAUCACGGACGCCACACUGCAAAAUUUGGCGUUAGGAUGUCCUAGUCUAGAGAAAUUGACCUUAUCGCACUGCGAGCUAAUAACGGACGAAGGUAUCCGACAGCUGGCCGGUGGUGGUUGUGCGGCCGAAAGCCUCUCCGUCCUAGAGCUAGACAACUGUCCACUGAUCACUGACGCUACGCUAGAGCAUCUAAUAUCCUGUCACAAUCUACAGCGGAUAGAGCUGUACGACUGCCAACUCAUCUCGCGGAACGCUAUCCGUCGUUUAAGGAAUCACCUUCCAAACAUAAAGGUGCACGCUUACUUUGCACCGGUCACACCGCCACCAACAAUCAACGGUCCGCGCCCGAGGUACUGCCGUUGUUGCGAGAUUCUCUGAGAUCAGGCGAUUGGCUUAGCCAGAAAAGUGCUCUGUAGGAGUAGAGACGACUGAUAUUUAUACUUGUAACCGUAAAA